AUGAGUCGGACCGAGGCCGAUUUGGCCAUCAAUAUCCGCAAGGCCACCAGUAUCGGGAAACAUGUGCGGAGCUGUAUCGUCUAUACGUGGGACCACAAAUCGUCGGCGGCUUUCUGGGCUGGCAUGAAAGUGCAGCCUGUCCUCGCCGACGAGGUCCAGACAUUCAAGGCCCUGAUAACGAUACACAAGGUUCUUCAAGAAGGCCACCCCAUGGUUGUCCGCGAAGCACAGCAACACACGAAUUGGAUCGAUAGCCUGAUGAGAGGUGUUGGUGGCGACGGUAUUCGAGGAUAUGCGCCACUCAUUCGGGAAUACGUCUUCUUCCUCGAGUCGAAGCUGGCCUUUCACCGCAAUCACCCUGAAUUCAACGGUCUGUUCGAGUAUGAGGAAUACAUCAGUCUGAAGUCAAUCAAUGAUCCAAAUGAAGGAUAUGAGACCAUCACCGACCUCAUGGCCCUCCAGGAUCAAAUUGAUUCUUUCCAGAAACUCGUCUUCUCGAACUUCCAGUCCGGCACCAACAAUGAAUGUCGGAUUUCAGCGCUGGUCCCUCUCGUGCAGGAGAGUUAUGGUAUCUACAAGUUCAUCACUAGCAUGCUUAGAGCCAUGCACACAACAACUGGAGAUGAUGAAGCCCUUGAGCCACUUCGGGGCCGGUAUGAUGCCCAGCACCACCGUCUCGUUCGGUUCUACUACGAGUGCUCCAACCUGCGCUACCUCACUGGUCUCAUUACCAUUCCAAAGCUGCCCCAGGACCCGCCCAAUCUGCUUGGCGAGGAUGACGAGCGCCCGGCUCUUCCCAGACGCCCUGCGAGAGAAGUGGAAAAGCAGCCCUCGCCACCCCCCAAGGUUGCUGCGGAGCCUGAGCCAAUCAACGACUUUUGGAACGACGAAGCUAAACGCCAACAAGAGGAGUAUGAGGCAGAGCAACAACGCCUGCAGCAGCAGUGGGAGGACCAGCAACGCCAACAGCUUGCCGCGCAACAGCAGGCACAGAAUGACUUCGAGGAACAACAGCGCCUGCAAGCGGAACAGCAACGGCUGGCGCAAGAACAACUUCUUCGUGAUCAGUAUCAAACCCAUACGCAGGGUCGAUUGGCAGAGCUGGAGCAGGAGAACCUCAAUGCUCGCGCUCAGUACGAACGGGACCAGUUGAUGCUCCAACAAUAUGACCGCCGUGUCAAGGAUCUUGAGGAGCAGAUGAACCACCUGAACUCUAACUUGAACAUGCAAAGUGCCUCCAAGGACGAGCAGAUCAGAGCUCUCCAGGAGCAAGUCAACACUUGGCGGUCCAAGUACGAGGCGCUGGCCAAACUAUACUCCCAGCUUCGACAAGAGCAUCUCGAUCUCCUCCAAACCACAAAGAGCCUCAAGCUCAAGGCUGCCUCUGCACAGGAGGCCAUUGACCGCCGCGAGAAGCUCGAGCGUGAGCUAAAGACCAAGAAUUUGGAACUGGCCGACAUGAUUCGGGAGCGUGAUCGUGCUACGCAUGACCGUGACCGUCUGACGGGUACCAACAAGGAUGAGUUGGAGAAGAUCAAGCGUGAGCUGCGCAUGGCGCUCGAACGUGCUGAAAAUGCAGAGCGAUCAAAGGGCACCGAGAUCUCUUCCAUGCUGUCUAAAUACAAUCGCGAGAUGGCCGACUUGGAAGAAUCCCUCCGAGUCAAGACUCGAGCUCUGGACGAGCACUCCAGCCGAAACAACGACCACCAGGAAGACCACGAAUUGGCUCUUGCUGAGAAGGAUGAAGAGAUCGAGGUUUACAAGUCUGGAAUGGAACAGGCUCUCAUGGAGCUCGAAGAGCUGAGAAUGAACCAAGGAGAUGUUGACCAUGCGCUAGACAGCCAGAUUGACACAGUGCUCCACGGCGCAGUCGCGAAGAUCAACGAUAUCAUCGAUUCAGUGUUGCAGACCGGUGUGCAGCGUGUUGAUGAUGCUCUGUAUGAAUUGGACUCUUCUAUGCAGGCUGGUAACCAGAAUGCCUCGCCUCCAUAUGUUCUCUCGCAGAUUGAGAAGGCAUCAGCCUCUGCGACCGAGUUCUCAACCGCGUUCAACAACUUCAUUGCCGAUGGCCCCAACAGUCCUCACGCCGAAAUCAUCCGCACAGUUUCUAUCUUCUCUGGAUCCGUUUCGGAUGUUUUGAGCAACACCAAGGGUCUCAUUCGAUUCGCCAACGACGAUAAGAGCUCCGAUCAUCUUGUCAACGCUGCUCGAAAGUCUGCCCAGGCGACCGUGCGAUUCUUCCGUGGCCUGCAGUCUUUCCGCCUUGAGGGCCUGGAGCCACUGCAGAAGACAGAUGUGGUCAUUAACAACAACCUGGAGGUCCAGCGUGACCUGCAAUCACUGUCGAAGCUGGUUGACACCUUCGCUCCCAAGAACAGCAAAAUCAGCACAAACGGCGAUUUGGGUGAUCUUGUCGAUCAGGAGUUGCUCAAGGCCGCUGAUGCCAUUGAUGCGGCCGCCCAGCGCCUCGCCAAGCUCAAGAACAAGCCCCGCGACGGUUACUCGACCUACGAGCUGCGCAUCAACGAUGUUAUCCUUGCUGCCGCCAUCGCCGUAACCAAUGCAAUCUCUGAGCUGAUUAAGGCCGCCACGGAAACUCAACAGGAGAUCGUCCGCGAGGGUCGUGGUAGCUCGUCUCGCACUGCCUUCUACAAGAAGAACAACCGCUGGACGGAGGGGUUGAUUUCCGCUGCCAAAGCAGUGGCCUCUUCAACAAACACGCUGAUUGAGACUGCUGACGGUGUCAUCUCCGGUCGCAACUCCCCUGAGCAGCUCAUUGUCGCAUCCAACGACGUGGCAGCCAGCACUGCUCAGCUUGUCGCUGCCAGCCGUGUCAAGGCAACCUUCAUGAGCAAGAAUCAAGACCGCUUGGAGACAGCUAGCAAGGCUGUUGGUGCUGCCUGCCGUGCUCUUGUGCGACAGGUUCAGGACAUCAUCAAGGAGAAGAACCGGGAUGGUGAUGACGCAGAGGAUUAUGGUAAGCUGAGCGGACACGAAUUCAAAGUCCGCGAGAUGGAGCAACAGGUCGAAAUCCUCCAACUCGAGAACGGUCUCGCUCGUGCGCGCCAGCGUCUCGGCGAAAUGCGCAAGAUCUCCUACCAGGAGGACUGA